AUGUUUUCCCGUCAAUUGUUGAGAUCAACCAGAGCCGCUAACGGUGCUCGUUUUGUGUCCACCAGCGCUAUCACCACCAAAGCUUCCGAUCUUGCUAGCAAGACCGUUUACUGGUCCAAGGUCACUGCUGAAUUGGCCAAGGAAGUGUACAAGAAGGAAGGUUUCGCUCCACCCUCCGUUGCCGAGUUCCAGAAGGUCUAUGAGUCCCUAUACAAGGAUGCUUUGAAGUUCGCGCUCGACCCAAAGGCUGCCGUUAAGUAUGCCAAAACCAUAUUCAACUCCUUGGACAAGAAGACCAGCAUAACUUAUGGCUCUUACCUUGUCCAAAUACUUGGUCUCUUUUCUCUCGGAGAGAUUGUUGGAAGAAGACAGCUCGUUGGCUACCCAUCUUUCGGACCAAAAGAGCACCACCACUAG